GAAAUUAUGGUCGCAAAUGCCGAAAAUAGGUCUUUUUCUGUUUGUACUUUCAUUUUGUAGCGUUUGUGCGGGCGCAUUUGCUAGAUUUGAUGGCUUGUUUCCGAACAGCUGAUUUUUUUGUGUAUAAUUUGUUUGUGUUGGUUAGGGAGAUUAUCAUGGCUGGAGAUUGCUCCUGAAAAAAUUAUAGUGACAGUUUUCUUGUUUGGAUUAUACUGAGACAAAGUUUUCAUUCCAUUUGGAUAUUAUAAAUCUAGAUCUAGAUGUUGGAUCUUGUUGAGGCUCUAUUCAGGUCAUGGCAACAAGGUUAUGCAGAUGGUUUUAAAGAGGGAAGAAAGAGAGAAUUUGAGGAGGGACACCACCUUGGAGUUCAAAAAGGCCUUGAAAUUGGCAGAGAGAUUGGCUUCUAUGUUGGGUUUGCAUCACAAGUUUUGAAAAAAACAGAUACAGGAAAAAUGAAGGUUAUCAAAGUGAGUAAGGCAAUCAUCAGUUUGGCCAGCAAAUUUCCUGAAAUUGAUCCAACGGAUGAAGCUCUCACUGACACUCUAGGAAAGAUUCAAGGGAAAUUCAAGCAGCUCACUUCCCUUCUAGGGGUGCAGACACAGUAUACCAGUGGUAGUGUUAAAGGCACCUCAUUUUGAUUGGGAUCAAGGAGAAAAUGCACUAAUCUCCACACUAAAAGAGAGAUGUGGAAAAGGCAGUAGAAACUGGAUGUGCCCUUGCCACGAUGGACAUUGUGACAGGCUGAAAUAUCAUUCCCAUCUUCUCUGUUCCCUCUGCCGUCCUACUUACAGAUUGAGAUUGGGAAUUGCAAGUUCACUGUCCCUGGAGCCUUGAGCUCUGUGAUUGGGAGUGCCACCAGUUCUGCAUUCCUAAACACUGACUGAACAUGCUCAGCCUCAAUGCUGCAGGAGAAUUAGCCGUGUCUUGCAACGAGCUGUUUGAUUUUUUUUUAGUAGAGAGACGAUUAUUGAUACAAUAAAUGAAUGUCGUUUAAUACUUGGCCGAAAAGCGAGACUGGUAGACAGAGACAGCAGAGAAAGAGGGAAAAAAAGGACUACGACCUGCCAGUGGCCCUCUCUACUAACCACCGCUUUAAUUAAUGACCCGGUAUGACAACGUACCAACACGACACAAAUAAACAACAGAUCUGCGCUAUGGCAACGUCAUCAAAGCCUACAAGUGUGCUGCCCUCCCUCCUCACCUAUUGGUAACUCAGACCACGACAUGAUGUUACUACUCCCCUUGUACUGACUUAUGCCAAGAUGAUCUAAGCCCAAUGUUCAAAACUGUCACCAUCUGGCCUGAAGAAAGUGAAGAGGAUGUUUUGAUUACACGAAUGUUUUUAUUUAUGCAUGUGAGGUUACUAAACACACAGUGCUACAAAUGAAACAGAGAGAGAGAGAAUGAUUUAUGGAGCGGGUUGUCCCAGCUCGUGAGACAUGUAUUUACUAAUGUCCUGUCUCGUUGUGCGUAUGAGUGAGUUCCCCUAACCUUUGUAAUGUCUACUGCCAUAGUUAACGACCAAGACAAAUUUCUCUCUGCGAGAUGAAUAAAGAUUGUCAUUGUUGUGGUUUCAGCAAACUAUGUACAACAGUCACACUUACAGACUACAUAAAAUUUUGUGAAAAUUUGUGGUGACCAUUUUUUUAAAAACAAGUAACAAUGUACACUAACUCUUAACUAUGCAUACAUUCUGGAAUUAAAGUUAAAGACCUUAGCCAUAAAAAGAAAGUAAGAAGCUUUUUAACCAAAACAAGCCAAGACUCAAAGUCUUAGACAAAGCUAUAAAGAAAGUCUGGAAAGAAUUUGGGCUGAAAAACAAAAGAUUCGAAUAUAAAUUAUGGAAAACUGGAAGAUCUGUUUCAAUAAAGUUAUUUUUGUGAGACUUGGACUGGUCUUACACGAUAGAAUCUACGCUUAACCAACAAGAAUAAUUUGUGUUGACAACGAAGAGAGCUGUGCAAAUUUAUACAUUAAAUUCCUUUUCCUCUCAAUUUAACAAAACCAGCUUUUGUGACUCAUCACUUGUGAACUCCGAGACAAAUGACAAUACUGUUGUUAUGGUUGAAGAAGGUGAGGUUAGAAGUGUAUUUGCAGAUGUGAAUGUGAGAAAGGGGAAUGGUACAUACUGUGUGAAACCCAAAAUUCUUAAAAUGUGUAAAGCACAACCCAGCUUUGUUUGCCCCUGUAUUACGUCAAGCUGCUAUCUUUUUUGGCCUGAGUCAUUUUUUACACUUCGGUGGAGAUAAUUGGGAAAAAAAAAUCUCAGUACGUGUAAAAAGGCACUUUGAAAGCCCAAAAUUUCCAUAGCUAAUUAAUUUACCAUAAAACCCAUCAAUUCAAAUUUCAGUGACAUUUCCUGAUGCCUGUCUACGAUACCCAUGCAUCUAAAGCUCGGGUAAACUUACAGGGGUCGUUAAUGACGUGUACAGCUUUUAUUCUAAGAUAAGACUAAUAAUAACAAUCUAAGUCGAAGAAGACAUUGCAUGAUUUGGCUUCUGUUGUCCUCUUAUGCACUCCCACUCCCUCCAAGCAACAUGAGGGUGGCACACCAAUCAAAUGCUGAUGUUAUCAGAAUCAGAACAUUGAAUUUUGAAUGCCACUUUUGACGUUCUUCUCCAACUUGUGUGUUGGGUUUAUAGUCACUUGGAUUUGCUGUGGUUGUUUUUACUUUCAUCCCCCUCUGCUAGCUUUGGCUAUUUUUUUCUCAACGGAGAAGCCUUUCCACUUCUAUUGCACUGCCAAUGAGUUCACCUAGAACUUACUUUGCAGAUCUGUUGUGCAGCGUAUUAUCUCUGUUGAGGAGGAAGUGCAUUGAUAUUAUUGGCAAUUCCAGAUUCAGAUACAUAAUGAAUGCCUUCACACUUUUGCAGACUCCCAAAAAGUAAGUGAAGUGUGCAGGCUAGAAUAGAUUUACCCUUAAACACUCCUGUGAUGUGCAAUAAUAAAACGUUCUUGGCUUACACUGUGCAGCUCUCAAACUGGGUCUGUCAGGAUCUAGACUCUCCCAUGUCAAGGGAUUGAUGCUGAAGUCUUUCGGAGACAUUUUACGGGUGUCUUUUUGUAACGCUUUUUGGUGUGUCCUUUUCCUGUUCCCAUGAGGACAGGUUAGAAUAGAAUACUGCCUUUGGGAUUCUGAAAUCAUGCAUUCUUACAACAUAGACUGCCCUGCAAAACAGUCCUUUUUUAGUUUGAGAUUAGAAAACAGACUCUGCCUCAGCAUUUGCCCUUUUGAGAACUAAAGUGUCUGGUAUUUUGUCCUGCCAUUUAUUGAUGCCAAGAAUUCUUCUGAGACAUUUCAUGUGGAAAUGCUUGAACUUCGAGAUCUUGGCAUGGCUUUGGUUCACUUUGGACAACAGCAUUGUUUUCUUUCAACUUUGUCUCACAGAAAUGUACAGUUUAGUUUAUAAUUUGCCAUCUUGACGCAAUGAAUGCUGGUCAGGUCCAAACGCUCUUCAGCCUUUUUUUUUGUUUGAGUAAAAAGAAGCACAUCGACUCAAUGACAGUCCUUUAGUGCUGGGACAAAGUAAGGCUGACAGACAAACAAGAGGGAUAGGAAAUUCUAUCUUUUCAUUUUUCCUUAGUUGAGAUUCUUGGAAAGAGGGAGAGAUUUUAAAAACAGACAUCUGGAGAUUUUCAUCUUGCCAAACCCUCCGAACUUUUCAAAAGGAAAGUACCACUACGAACAUGUAUUGAUUUUACAGUCUCUUUACACACUUUUAUGUUGGGAUUGCCUAAAGGUAGCAACUGGGCAUGCUAUUUCAUAGCGAUUUCUCUGAGAGAGUACAUUCAUGUAGAACUUUCACAUAUAAUUUUUUUCAUUCCUUGUAGUUAGUUGCUUUACUGAUUGCUUAAAAAUUACUUUGUACAGAGGUGCUUACGAAAAAAAAAAUGAUAUUAGAACCGUAUGUAAAUGCAAGUGCAGACAAGCUUUUCAAUGACACAUACGGUUAUGUUAUAUGCGAAUGAGGUGGUGUGACCCUGGCUGUCAUUUUGAAUGAAUGUGAUAUAAUUUAUGUAAAAGCUCUUAUGAAAAUGUGAAUAUGGUUGAAAAAAGAUUACAUGUUUUUUUUACGUUUGAAAACUAAGUAGACUGUAUGGAAAUAAAUCUGAGAGAGAUUCUA